AAGAAGAAGAAGAAGAAGAAGAAGAAGAAGAAGAAGAAGAAGAAGAAGAAGAAGAAGAAGAAGAAGAAGAAGAAGAAGAAGAAGAAGAAGAAGAAGAAGAAGAAGAAAGGACAGGAAAGGAAGGAAGGAAGAACAGUGACCUGUGGCAGAACUUUCUGCUCCAACAUGGCCGACCAAUGGCAGAGCUCCAUGGAUCACGCUGUCGCCAUCGCACGACGAGCCGGAGAGGUGGUGAAGGAGGCUCUGUUGGACGACAGGGCGGUGAUGACGAAGAGUUCAUCGGUUGACUUGGUGACUCAGACGGACCAGAAGGUGGAGCAGCUCAUCAUCCAAUCAGUGAAGGAGAAAUUCCCCACACACAGGUUCAUCGGGGAGGAGUCUGUGGCUGCAGGUGAGUCCUGUGUUCUGACCGACUGUCCCACCUGGAUCAUCGACCCCAUCGAUGGAACUACCAACUUUGUUCAUGCGUUUCCUUUUGUUGCGGUUUCCAUCGGGUUCUCCGUCAACAAACAGGUGGAGUUUGGUGUCGUCUACAGCUGUCUGGAAGACAAGAUGUUCACCGCCAGGAGGGGGAAGGGAGCGUUCUGCAACGGACAACCGCUGGAGGUUUCUGAGCAGAAAGACAUCCAGCAGUCCAUCGUGGCCACAGAGUUCGGAUCCAGCAGAGCCCCCGAAGCCGUCGACAGGAUCUUCUGCAGCCUGAAGAACGUCCUGAGCGUCCCGGUUCACGGGCUGCGUGGAGCAGGAACUGCAGCCAUCAACAUGUGUCUGGUGGCGUCCAGCUGCGUGGAGGCAUACUACGAGAUCGGGACCCAUGUUUGGGACGUGGCUGCCGGGUCGCUGAUCGUGUCCGAGGCCGGAGGGGUUCUGAUGGAUGUGGAGGGGGGGGAGGUAGACCUGAUGUCCAGGAGGAUCAUCGCCGCCAACAACAGGACCAUCGCCCAGCGGCUGGUCAGAGAGAUCGCCCCCUUCAGGCCGCCCAGAGACGAUGCCCCGCUGCCCAAUGAGUGAAGAGCUGCAGAGCAUGCUGGGAAAAACAGUUCAGGCUUCAUUUGCAAAGUUUGUAAUAAAUAGUUUGUGAUAAAAACACA